AAAUAAAUGUCAUAAUAAUUUUACCUACAGCACGUUUAUAGAAUUAAACGAGAAAAUCAAGGAAUAGUAAUUUAAAAUUUAAUAUUUAUUCAAGUAUUUAUUGUUGUGAAGUGUAAUUGUAUAUUUACUGGAUAUUAUUAUCUUAAUGAAAUUUGUUUAAAUAUAUUUAUUUAUUUCCCUGUUUUCUCAUUAGCAUAGGAUACGGUUAGUAAAUAAUAUAAUAUGACGUCUAGAAGAAAGGACUACAUAUUUGAACCAUUUAAGGUUACCGAAGUUAAAUAUCGAGGAUUCGAAAGCCCCAGGCCUCGUAGUGGCCAUAGGAUAGCUUGUGAUGAUAAUAACAUUUACUGUUUUGGUGGUUAUAAUCCUUCAUUACCACCACUUCCUGAUCGUUUAAGAGAAAACCCGACCUGGACGCCAACUCGACCCCUUUUUAAAGAGCUCUGGAGCUUUUCGAUAGCUAGUCGAAAAUGGAAGCAACACAUAGUGACUGAAAAUAUGCCAGAGGAACUGGCGUCAAAUGCAAUGUGUAUGAAUGGCAAAUACUUAAUGAUUUUUGGAGGAACAGGCGCUCCUUUUGGCAAUAAAUGCAAUAAUGACGUGAUUGUGUGGCGUACAAGCAAUGAAGAUACCAGGCUGCAUAUCUUAGAAGCUACUGGCAUUAGACCACCUGCACAGUAUGGCCAAGCAAUAUUGUGCCAUGAUGGGUGUUUUUAUACUAUUGGUGGCACCAAUGGUUUUGUCUAUAACUGUGAUAUAUAUAGGUUAGAUCUUCGAACACUAGAAUGGGAACUUGUGUACCUUGGUACAGGCCAGGAAGGUGAACCAUUAGGCAGGUACAGACAUGAAAUAGCCCAUGUUGGUAAUAAAUUGUACAUAAUUGGUGGAGGAACGGGAGAGCAGGCAUUUGAGCUAAUGGAAAUACCAAUGUUUGACUUUGAUACUAAAACAUGGACAAUUUUAACUCCAAAAGCAGAUGACAGUGCAAAAGAUACCAUUACACCUUUACCCAGAAAGUGCCACAGCCUUGUACAGAUAGAUACAGAACAUGGCACUCAGGUGUUUGUGGCGGGAGGUUCAGACGGACAGUCAGUGUUUGAAGAUAUUUGGAGGCUCAAUAUCUCUGAUAUGCAGUGGACUCUGAUGCAGAAAACAAUGUUACCACAUCCUCUGUACUUCCAUUCCUCGGCUGUUACAUCAACUGGUUGUAUGUAUGUCUUUGGAGGUAUUGAGCCAAAGGAGGAUGCUACUAGUAGGAAUAAUAUUAUGUACAAAGUGUGGUUAUGUUUGCCUAAAUUGAGUGAAAUUUGCUGGGAAGCAAUGUUGCAUUUUCAUCCAAACUUAGAUCAAGUAGACAGUAGGACAUUAUUGAAUAUUGGAAUUCCGAGCCACUUUGUACAGAGAUUACAAACUCAGUGAGGAUUAUAUUGCAGUUAGGUUUCUCUAUGUAAUAUUGUGUCCUACUUAUGUACUUGCCUAUUGAUGAAUGUUUUGUGCAACUAAUAAGUUGAUAAAUAUAAAUUAAUCACUAGUAACAUAAAA